AAAGCAACAAGAUUGCAUUACAUCUGUGGCAGUGCUGCCUGUGAGAAUGGAGGUAGAAGAAGAGCAGCUAUUGACAUGGAACAGAGAAACUUUCCCCAAAGUAAUGAAGAUAGUGAGCUCAAGGCUUCCUCAAAGGGACCUCGUGUCUCUCCUCGUCAUUAGCCCUUGGCUCCACCGCACUCUUCUUUCCUACCCCUCACUCUGGCUUGGUAUUGAUUUGCGUGAGAUGAAUAAUGCUGGGGAUCGACUCUUAGCUGCUCUUUCACUGCCGAGAUAUCAGCAUCUGAAGCAAAUAAGCCUUGAAUUUGCACAAGAUAUAGAGGACAGACAUCUCGAACUUGUUAGGAGCAAGCAUUCCGAUUCUCUUCAAAGCCUUGAGUGUUUAAAUUUGAAUGGCUGCCAAAAGAUCUCUGAUAAAGGAAUUGAAGCUAUAACCAGUACUUGUCCUAAAUUGAAGGUCUUCUCUAUCUACUGGAACAUAAGGGUAUCUGAUAUAGGUGUGAAGCAUAUGGUGAAGAACUGCAAACGUGUAGUUGAUUUGAACUUAAGUGGCUGUAAGAAUUUAUCAGACAAGGCUUUGCAAUUAGUAGCUGACAAUUACCAAGAUUUAGAGUCACUGAAUCUGACUAGGUGUGUCAAAAUGACAGAUAGUGGCUUGCAACAAAUAUUGCUCAAUUGCACUUCACUUCGAAGUUUAAAUCUUUAUGCCCUUUCCAGCUUCACAGAUGAAGCAUACAAGAAGAUAUCAUCUCUAGCUCAUCUAAGAUUCUUGGAUUUAUGCGGUGCUCAGAACCUAUCUGAUGCAGGUCUUUCCUACAUAGCGAAAUGCAGGUCUCUUGUCUCUCUCAAUUUGACAUGGUGUGUGCGCCUUACUGAUACAGGGGUUAUCACUAUUGCUGAAGGUUGCACUUCUCUGGAAUUUCUCAGUCUGUUUGGAAUAGUUGGGGUAACUGAUAAGUGCUUAGAGGUCCUUUCAAAGAGCUGCUCAAAUACGAUUACGACUCUUGAUGUUAAUGGAUGCAUUGGCAUCAAGAGACGAAGCCGUGAGGAACUUCUUAAGUUGUUUCCACAUUUGAAGUGCUUCAAAGUGCACAGCUGAUCCGCUUUUCUGUAAUGAUAUGAUGCUGAACUGAAAACAGUUAUCUUCAACAUGAAGAUGGGGAGCACAAGAAGAACCUAUAUAGAUAUAAACAGGUGGUCAAGUGUGUUGAUCAAUUCAUCAUUAACCUGAGAAGAUACAUGUAUCUUCCUGGUUCUUUGUGGCUGAAGAAUCUUACUUUUAAUACAUAUCAAUGAUGAAG